CGAUGGGAUUUCCCUUUAAUCGUAAAUUGAUUGCAUUCUUGCGAUGUCUGGAUACUUGGCCAGAUCGUUCCCCGCGAUUACCUUAUCUCGCUGCAAAGGCCAGAAAAGAAACGUCAUUGGCCGCGGACGCGUCUUUCAGUAAACGCGUGAGAGAGGAGAGACGUGCACACACAGAGAAUCGGUAGCGCACACGAACGUUAAGGCCACAUAGUCGGUUAUUAUGUAGCCGAUAUGGCUUGAAGGCAAUUAAUACUAUUGUUAUGAUUCAAACGGGUACGUCAUGUGUGUUUCGCGACGAUGCGAUGCCAGCCUUCGGUCAGUGUUCUACCACCGAGACUUGCAGAUACUCCGUUUCCGUCCGGGAGACUCUUGUACGAAACGGUGCACCAUUCCACGUCCGUUCAGUGGCUCCGAGGAACCGUCCUGAGAAAUGCGCUCUGUGUCGUUGAUUCUGCCUGCAGAGUAUAAAACCGAUAAACAGAAGACAUGGAACGCAGUGGCAAGAGCGUAUAUGAUAAUCGCAGCUGUGAUUGUGUAAACGUAUGGCUGCAGUGACUGGAUCCGUUGGGAAGGGAACAAUGAUAACAUUGAAUGUUGAUGAAAACCGUGGCACGAUUCUUUGACUCUUCUUGCAGCCGGAGGUGCAUCGAUGACGUAGGGUGAGACUUGGCAACAGGCGUCGGUGUUCCGGUGUCGCGGAAAUUAGAAAGAAACAGGAUACGUAAAAAGGGCACCAUGUCGAACAAUAAUCACGGAUCGGUCGUCGAUAAGGAUACUACAAACAGGAACAGUGGUAAUAAUUAUGAUGAAAGAGCAACGAAUGAGAAGUUUGGGAGAAGGAAUACCUUCUCCGCGCACAAAAGUACCGAGGAGAUACCGGGAAAGUUGAACAAGUAUACCCAGAUUGAUGUUAGUCAAUUCGCUUUGGGUAGUCAAAGGACGAGGCCGACUUCUGUGGCUUACGCGACGAAGCAGGCGCAGACAAGCGAUUCUAGCUACUCCUUCUACAAUUCAAAGAGCACGCUAUCACCGUCUCACAGCGAAUUAGCUUUAUCGCCUAGAAACAGGCACAAUCGUUAUGUAGCCUUAGAUAUGAGAUCAAUGAGCAGUCUUCCGUUUUCGAGUCCCUAUUCGAACAGCCAUAUACCGGGAACCAACGUGCCGUACACAUGCUGCUGUACGUGCGCUGGAUCACAGGUACCAGCAACACCUUCCUCUCAUCACACGGAGGAUCAAGAUGGUCCCGAAGGCCUCUCGUGGAGAAGACUUCACAUGAGCAGAGCUAAACUGAAAGCAACUGCAACAACAUCAGAACUGUUAAGUGGAUUUGCCAUGGUGGCUAUGGUAGAGUUACAAAUAAACGAGCCAACUGCAGUACCAGAGUGGCUGUUUGUGAUGUUCGCCGUUUGCACGACCGUUCUAGUAUCAGUACAUAUCUUUGCUUUAAUGAUAAGCACGUAUUUAUUGCCUAAUAUUGAAGCCAUCAGUAAACUUCAGGUAUCACGGCUCGUAACAGAAUCACCGCACGAAAGGAUGCGUGGAUUUAUAGAAUUAGCUUGGGCAUUUUCCACGGUGUUAGGACUGUUUCUCUUUUUAGUGGAAGUAGCUAUACUGUGUUGGGUAAAGUUUUGGGAUUACUCUUUUACAGCCGCGACUGCCAGUACCAUCAUAGUGAUCCCCGUCCUCGUAGUGUUCAUUGCUUUUGCCGUUCACUUCUAUCAUUCGUUGGUAGUUUAUAAGUGCGAAUCCUCUGUGACUGAUAUGAACGAAUUAGAGAGUAUAAAAAGGAAUUUAGAUAACGUGACAAUGGGGCAAAGCAGUGUAUAAGCAGUGUAUAAGCAAGGCUUGUACAAUAACGUCAGAUUCUGUAAAAAAAUUGCCAUUCUUCACAAUACACGAGUCUUAUACAUAUCAGCUGCGCUCUGAAUAUAUUGUUGUUUCCUAAAAUACGUACCAGACUGUACAUCGUUUACUCAUAUUCUGUAAUAUAGUAUUGUAAUUGUUAGAAAUUAAACAUUGUACUUAAACUAAAAUAUAUACGACGCUAUUAAUAUGUACAUAACAGUGAUAGAAAAAGAACACAUACAAGUUUAUUCGAUAACUUUACUUUUUUUUUUUUAACACGAUCACGCGAAAAUGAUCGUGUUUUAUUAUAUAUAAAAAUGUACAUAGCUGUACACAUGCAAGUCAAGAAUUGCAACAGUACAAGCAAAGUGCUCUUAGUAUAUUAGCUAUAUUAUUUAGCAUUUAAUUAGGUUCUAUUUACGACUUAAUUCUCAAUUCUUCUUUAAAUGUGUUUCUUGUUUGCUUCGCCUUUAUCGUACGUCAUAUCGCUAAUAUAUAGAUUUUUAUUUUGUCACUUAGUUUGUGGGAAAACUGAAGGACAGUCGAGUACUCAGUUUAUGUACAUGCUUUCGUUCCAGAACUUGUUAUCCUAGUCAAAUAAAUUAUUUUUUUCAGACUUGAAGACUCUCAUUAAUCAAAGUGCGGCUCGUUACUUAAGCUAUAAAAGGGAAAAUAUAUAAUUUUAUCCACCUUUCAUUUUCACCAUAAACUAAGUUAUGAUCUUAUAAUUGAUAUUUUCUACAUUAAUAUGAUUUAAAUUCUGUUUGUACAAAAAAUGAUAUGAAUCAAAAGGAAGAAUUGUAAUUAAAGCAAAGACACAAUAUAAUCGUUCUCCUACAAAUGUGUUUCAUAGGCUUUUUCUGUAAUGAUAAGAAACAAUGAAAAGUAUCUUAUAUUGCACAACACCUCUAAUCACGUACUUGUUUCAAUUAAAACCUUCGGCUUAAUUUAAAUUUACAAAAUUGAUUUGUCGUUUUAUACAAUGAAUUGGAUAUUCAAUUACAGGAUUGGCGCGAAAUCGUCAAUAUGAAAAAUUAAUGUAUAGAGUUAAUAGUAUGUACAUUGGAAGGGAAACGAAUUAAAACGUACAUUACAGAAGAAUGAACCCUGUAUUGCAAUGUACGUUAAUUCGUUCAAAAAUAAGAAUGAUCGCAAUGAAUCAUAAAACGAGUCCUAAGCUUUCUGAAAUCUAAUAAAACGUAAUUAGAUUCGCCCGUCUUAAAGACGAUUAAAAAGUCUUCGUUUCUGUUUUUAUAACGGAAGUAAUUAAAAUAUAUUUUUAUCACCUGUGUCUUUAUCUUAUAAGUGAAAUAGAUAUUUCUUUUACUCGUAAAAAAUUUCUUCCAUAGGGUGUGUAACGAAUAAGGAUAAACUGCUUGUGCUAUGGACAGGUAAAUGAAUAAAGUACAGGAAGAAUUACAGUUUUAUACAAAAACUAAUUAGACUGUAUCAAAAGGAGUAUCUAUGUAUAAGAUAUUAAUAUUUCGUAUAAAUUGUUCAAACCGCAUGAGUCGCAUUAACGUAAGUAAAAAAAUAUUUGUAUUGUAUAAAUGAAUUUUGAAGGUGGAUCGAAGACAUUAGUUUUUGUAUAACACUAUUUAACAUCGAUCGAUUGUUAUUACAAAAUGAGGCUGAAAUGCUUAAGACAAACAAGCCGUUAAAAUUUUGCUAAUGAUCAAGGUUGAAACUACAAUAUUUUUUCUUUCACCCGUACUAUGGAUUAAAUUUCACUUUCUAAGUCAAUAUACAAGUGUACAAGUUAGAUUACUUUAAAUCGAUACCGUUUUACUAUACCCAAUAAUUUGUCGCUUCUAAUACCGUUAUACCUUUCUAGGUGCAAAACAGAUUACAUUAAAAAACGUUACUAAUAGUCUUAAAAUAUUCUUAUCCAUAAAAUAUAUUCACAGACUAAGAUUCAGAUAUACAUAUAACUUUUUAAACGCGAUGGAUGAAGUAUUACAAAAGCAAAAAAUAAACACCUAACCCGUUUCUGCAUCUAAUUUGCACAUAAUCUGCGAUAAAUUGUAUAAAUAUUAUGAAAGCAAUCGUUAUUCCAAUCGUGUCGCAUUGCAUUAUAUUGUAUUGUAUUAUAUAAUAUGUUAUCAUAUUAUAUCAAUCUAUAGUACUGUAAAGUGAUACAACAGAAGUUAA